AUGAACAGGAAGGAGGUGCGCGGCGGAGGCAGUCGCCGCGGCAACGACACGGACAUGCGGCGGAAGGAGAAGGAGAACCGGAAGCUGCAGCUGGAGCUGAGGUCCGAGAAGGAAAAGCUGAACAGCACCAUGAUCAACUCCAGCUGCAGCUUCCGGUUCUCCUUCUCCUUCCGCCGCAUGUCCUUCCACGAGCAGCUGAUCAGCCCGAAGGAGUUCGUGUGUCUGGCGGGGAAAUCCACGCUGAAGGACUGGAAGAGGGCCAUCCGGCUCAACGGCACCAUGCUCAGGUAG